CCCGAUACAUCCUGAUUCCAUGUUUCCACGGGAACGAGAUGGCGAGGUGCGCCCGGUCCCGUCAGGACUUAAACCCUUGACGUCUAUAUUCUAGAUUUAGAUGCUAACAAUACGCAGCAUGCCGGUACUGCGCAGCGGUGCACCGCGGGAGUCCCAUUUUCACAGCCCAAGGGAUUUAUGCUAAAUCUCCGGAAGUCUCCCCAAGGCAAAGGUCUCUCGCGUGGUCCCAACUCGUAUCCUGUUCUCCUCCAUCUUCCAUAUAAAUCCACUCCCCAGCACGCUCCUCUCCCUUCCUCACCCGACAACCCUCUUCCCACCUCUCUUGCUUUCCGUUACUUCUUAGUAGCGACUGACCCCUUCGCCUUCGAGGUCGCCAGAACUAUAAACCAAACCAACCCACCAGCUCGCCAUGGUCGACGUCGACCGGAGGAUGGCGGGAUUUACCCCCGCUCACGCCGCCGGCCUCCGCCGCCUCUUCACCCGUGCCGCCACCGCCCCCUCCUCGGCCUCCCGCAACGGCCUCUUCUCCUUCUCCCCGCUCGCCGAGGCCGUCAUCUCCCACCUAAAGGCCUCCGCCGUCCCCAUCCACCCUGGCCUCUCCGACGCCGACUUCGCCCGCCUGGAGGCCGAGUUCGGCUUCGCCUUUCCCCCCGACCUCCGCGCCGUCCUCGCCCUCGGCCUCCCCGCCGCCCCCGGUUUCCCCGACUGGCGCUCCCUUCCCCGUCUACGCGCCUCCCUCGACCUCCCAAUCGCCGCCGUCUCCCUCCAGAUCGCCCGCACUACCCUUUGGCCCCGCUCCUGGGGUACCCGCCCCGCCGACCCCGACCGUGCCCUCCGCCUCGCCCGUGCCACCCUCCGCCGCGCCCCCCUCCUCCUCCCCCUCUUCGACCGCUUCUGCAUCCCCUGCCGCCCCUGCCUCGCCGGCAACCCCGUCUUCCUCGUUGACGAGAACCGCCUCCUCUGCUGCGGCUUCGACCUCUCCGACUUCUUCCGCCGCGAGUCCCCCUUCAACUCCCCGCCCCCCUCCCUUCCCCGCCAGCCAUCAACCUCCGACAACCCCGUCAUCCCCUCCGUCGCUGGGAAGAUCCCCCGCUGGAUCGAGUUCUGGAGCGACGCAGCCGCCUCCGACCGCCGCCGCCUCAACUCCUCCUCCUCCACCACCUCAACCUCCUCCUACGAGUCCGCAUCUUCCUCCACCUCCUCGCCCCUGCCGCCGGAUCCGGAGCGGUUCGUCGAGAUCCGGCCGCCGCCGCAGCUGCCGGACUGGGUCGAGGCCUAUCUGGAUCGGAUGGGUUCGGUCCUGAGAGAGGGCGGCUGGGGCGAAUCGGACGUCCGCGAGAUGGUUCACGUGUCCGGCGCCUCCGGCUUCUUCGACGACGACGGCGAGGCCGUGACGGUCGACACUCAAGCAGUGCUCGACGCGCUGCUCCUGAAGGCGGACCGCUGCUCCGACUCUCUCCUCCGAGCCGGCUGGAGCUCCGACGACGUCUCCGAUGCUCUCAGCCUCGAUUUCCGCCGCCUUAGAGCGCCGCGGCGGCCUCCGGUGAAGUUACCGCCGGAGAUCGCCCUGAGGAUCGAGAAGCUCGCCGAGGCCAUCGCGCGAUCGUGACCGUCCGUUUCCGGAAUCAAAACGGAAUCUUUCCUCUUGCGAAUGACCCUCUUGCUACGUCUGAAAAGAGUAUAUAAAGAAACAAUACGUGUACGUAUAGGAAUAUAUUUUUUUUGACAUAUGAGAGGAGAUUAUAAAAAGGAUAAAUAAAAACUAAAUAAACAAAAAAUAGGCAAUUAACGGAAAGGCGUUGGUGUGAACAGGAUUUGUUUGUUGUUGGGAACAUGAUGUGGGAUGGGAUCGGUGUCUGUGCGUGCCUGUGAAUCUGUCUCUUAUGUUUAGGUUUUAAAUUGUUGGGUUGUUUUCCUCUGGCUUUGCGAUCACACGCGCGGGUCUCGCCUGAUUUCGAAAAAGAGACGUCCGGUGAUUCUCCACUUUUCUGUGAACGCGUGAAGGUCUAUGUAGUUAUUUUUCUUCUCUUUUUGUUUCUUUGCUUGAGAGAAACGCGGAUUGUUAUUUGGAUGAUUAUUUAUUGAAAAAUAUUUUCUAUGACCACUCA